AUGGAACGUGGAGAGAUCAUUGUGGUUGAACAUCCUGGUGAGAGACAACUGCACACAAAGCAGAAGCCAAGAGCCCAGGACCUGCUGUGGAGAAGCAGAAAUUGGAUCCACCAAGUUUUUGGGUAUCUCACAGGAGAAAUGAAAGAAUACGGAGAGUGGAUGAAAAAUAAGCCCCUAAUGGUUCAGCUGGUGGACUGGAUCUUGCGAGGGACCUCCCAGGUGAUGUUUGUCAACAACCCUUUUAGUGGGCUGAUCAUUUUAGUGGGGAUCUUCAUCCAGAGUCCUUGGUGGAUGCUGACAGGCUGUACUGGGACAACUGUGUCUACAUUGACUGCUCUGGUCCUCAGUCAGGACAGGUCUGUCAUUGCAGCUGGGCUGCAUGGCUGUAAUGGGAUCUUGGUGGGACUGCUCACGGCUGUUUUCUCUGACAAAGGGGAUUACUACUGGUGGCUUCUUCUUCCUGUGGCAGUUAUAUCAAUGGCCUGUCCAAUCCUGUCAAGUGCUUUGGGAUCCAUCUUCAGUAAAUGGGACCUUCCUGUUUUCACUCUGCCCUUCAAUAUUGCAGUGACUCUGUAUUUGGCAGCCACAGGUCACUACAAUCCCUUCUUCCCUACAACCCUCAUCCAGCCUGUGGCAUCAGUGCCCAAUAUCACCUGGUCUGCAAUCAGUGUGCCACUGCUCUUGCAAUCCAUCCCAGCUGGUGUUGGUCAAGUGUAUGGUUGCGAAAACCCCUGGACUGGAGGCAUCUUCCUUGUUGCUUUACUUAUCUCCUCCCCACUCAUUUGUUUACAUGCUGCUAUAGGAUCAACAGUGGGGAUGUUUGCAGCACUGAGCCUUGCAUCACCCUUUGACAGCAUCUACCUUGGCUUGCACAACUACAACUGUGUGUUGGCAUGCAUUGCCAUCGGGGGCAUGUUCUAUGCUCUGACCUGGCAGACUCACCUGCUGGCACUUGCUUGUGCAUUAUUUUGUGCCUACUCUGGAGCAGCUCUUGCCAAUGCCCUAUCUGUGCUCGGGCUGCCACUCUGCACCUGGCCUUUCUGCUUGUCUGCACUUCUCUUUUUGCUGGUAAAUUCAGACAACCCAGCCAUCUACAAAAUCCCCCUCUGCAAAGUCACCUACCCAGAAGCCAACAGGGUCUGCUACCUGAGAAUGAAGAGAAGAGCAUCGGAGAGUCGGAGAGAAGAGCAGAAAAGAAAGGAGCAGAAACUCCCUGGCGACUCACAAAUAAGCACAGGAGGUACCCCACUGUGCAGCCCCAAAAUCUGCCACCCUUACUGA